AUGCGACAUUCCUACUCGGUCCCCAAAAACCCUGGAUUCAGUGUGCAUAAUAAAGAAGACCCGCCGUUUCGCCUAUACGACUGUCUUGUGUACGGGUUGGGGGAUAUUUGGAGUUAUUUGCGAACAGAAAACCUUCACUCAACCGGACACGUCGAAUUGAGGAAACCAUCCAUGAUUUGUGCUAAAAUCAAUCGCUACAGUCGAAUCCGUCAAUGGCACCUAAGGUCAUUGGACACGCUGGUUAUCCAUGCGGAGCAGAUGGAUACAAGGCCUGAGCGAGUCCCGACAAACGAAGAGGUUGUGAGUGCAAUUGGUGAAGGACCGCAUUCACCGAACAUUUCAACACCCAGUGCACAAUAG